AUGGUGGAUGCAACAACUGCCAUGAGGCUUAUUUUUAUGGAUGCCUCCUCUGGAUAUAAUCAAAUUCGCAUGGAUCCAAAGGACGAAGAGCUCACUGCAUUCCGAACUCCUAAAGGAAUAUACUGUUACAAAGUUAUGCCUUUUGGAUUAAAGAAUGCAGAUCCCCUCAAGUAUCUAAUGUCAAAAUCGUGCUUAGUGGGAGAUUGGCAAAAUGGGCUCUUUUGCUACAAGAGUUCGACAUCACAUAUAUCCCUUCAAAAGGCCAUCAAAGGACAAGCACUUGCAGAUUUUCUUGCAGACCAUCCAAUUCCCGAUGAUUGGGAAUUCUCUGAAGAUCUCCCUGAUGAAGAUGUUCUCUACAUUGAAAUCCCUAAGCCAUGGAAGCUAUACUUUGAUGGAGCAGCUCGACAAGACGGGGCAGGUGCAGGAGUCAUCUUUAUCACCCCAGAAGGAGAAGUAUUGCCUUACACAUUUACUCUUAUCGAAAAUUGUUCCAAUAAUGUGGCUGAAUACCAAGCCUUGAUCAUGGGUUUGGAGACGGCAUUGGACAUGCAAAUCACUCAACUUAAGGUGUUUGGAGAUUCUAAGUUGUGGUUUGACAAAGCUAGCAUAGAACAUGUGCCUAGGAAAGAAAAUAGGCAAGCAGAUUCUUUGGCUAAUUUGCCAUCAGCAAUUGCAUUGUCAAAUAAAGAAUUAAAAGUGCCUCUUUGCAAACGAUGGAUCUUACCACCAAUCACUUUGGAUGAAGAGAUCGAUGUAGAGUCUAAUGUCAUCUCAAUCCUUGAAGUAGGAAAAGAAGAUUGGCGACAGCCGUUGAUCAACUACCUACAGCAUGGGAAGCUUCCUAAUGAUCCAAGAGAUGAAGAAGCAUACAAGGCCUUACAAGAAGCUCACUCAGGAAUUUGUGGGGCACAUCAAUCUGGAGCCAAGUUGCACUUCCAAAUCAAAAGAAUGGGGUACUAUUGGCCAACUAUGGUGAAGGAUAGCAUGGACUAUGCUAAAAGAUGUCAAGCAUGUCAAUUUCAUGCUAAUUUCAUUCAUCAGCCCCCUGAGCCACUCCACCCAACAGUUACCUCGUGGCCAUUUGAUGCUUGGGGACUCGACUUGGUUGGACCAUUACCUAAAAGUUCCACAGGGCAUCUCUACAUACUUGCAGCCACAGACUACUUUUCAAAGUGGGCAGAAGCAGCAUCUUAUCGAGAAGUAAAGAAAGAAACUGUUGCUACCUUCAUUAGAACAAACAUCAUUUAUCGUUAUGGCGUGCCACGAUGCAUCAUAACAGAUAAUGGAAAACAGUUCACAAUGGAGAAGUUAUGUGCACAGUUUAACUUCAAGCAAUAUAAUUCUUCCAUGUACCAUGCACCAGCAAAUGUGUUAGUAGAAGCCUUCAACAAGACUUUGUGCAAUUUGCUCAAGAAAGUUGCUAAUCGCGUAAAAAAAGAUUGGCCAGAGAAAAUAGGAGAAGCUUUAUGGGCUUAUCGUACGACAUUUCGUACACCUACUCAAGCAACUCCGUACUCGCUUGUUUAUGGUGUGGAAGCUGUUCUCCCAUUAGAGCGUCAAAUUCCAUCAUUGAGAAUUGCCAUUCAAGAAGGUCUUUCAAAUGAAGAUAAUGUUCGCCUACGCCUUGAAGAACUCGAAGCAUUGGAUGAGAAAAGGUUGGAAGCAUAA